ACAGCUCCACAGAGUCUCCGUGUUUACACUUCUAAAAUCAACCUAAUAAUGGCUAACAUAUCUUUUUUUUUUUUUGCACAACUAAACUGAGAUUUGAGGGAGUAGUUAGGCAUAGUAAAAAUGGCACACGUUACAUUUAAGGAGCUCCGUGACUCGGGAGGGAUUGUGUAGGCUACGGUACAGCACGCGACUGAAUGUGGUGCUGAGGACAGCUCCCGUCACCUCUGCCGUGCCACAUACGAACUGAGCCCGGUGUGCGCGCACGUUUCCUGAACCUGCAUGUUUGUUUGGUCCCCCCUCCUCAUAGCUGAGCAUUAUGGAUUAAUGGGGAGGCGACUCUAAAUCCCUGCCAUUGUGCGCUGAUCUGGAUUUAAAGGCUGGACGGAGGUAAAUUGUCAUUUGAGGAUAGCAGGCGAUCCGGGACAAUGGAUACGAACAUGCGCAAAUUUACAGUGAGAAGAUGGUUUUCCGUGUACCUGCGCAGGAAGUCGCGGUCCAAAAGCUCGAGUUUAUGCAAACUAGAGGAUGACAGCAUCUUAAAGGAGUUUGAUAUCAGCCAUCACGUGAAAGAAGGUUUCGAGAAAGCAGACCCGUCACAGUUUGAGCUGCUGAAGGUGUUGGGUCAGGGCUCUUAUGGGAAGGUGUUCCUGGUGAGAAAAAUCAAAGGUUCAGACAGAGGACAACUCUAUGCCAUGAAGGUGUUAAAAAAAGCAACACUAAAAGUGCGAGACCGAGUGAGGUCCAAAAUGGAGAGAGACAUACUCGCAGAAGUCAAUCAUCCUUUCAUUGUCAAACUCCACUAUGCCUUUCAGACAGAAGGGAAGCUGUACCUUAUAUUGGACUUUCUCAGAGGGGGAGAUCUUUUCACACGUCUCUCCAAAGAGGUGAUGUUUACUGAAGAGGAUGUGAAAUUUUAUUUGGCUGAGCUGGCCUUGGCAUUGGAUCAUCUUCAUAGUCUGGGCAUCAUCUACCGUGAUCUUAAACCAGAGAACAUUCUCCUCGAUGAAGAAGGUCAUAUAAAAAUCACAGAUUUCGGCUUGAGCAAAGAGGCGAUAGACCACGACAAGCGAGCGUACUCGUUCUGCGGGACCAUCGAGUACAUGGCCCCAGAGGUGGUCAAUAGACGAGGUCACACUCAAAGCGCUGACUGGUGGUCUUUUGGAGUCCUAAUGUUUGAAAUGCUGACUGGAUCGCUGCCAUUUCAAGGCAAAGACCGAAAAGAGACCAUGGCACUUAUUCUCAAGGCAAAACUAGGCAUGCCUCAGUUCCUGAGCCCAGAAGUUCAGAGUUUAUUGCGGGCUCUCUUUAAAAGAAACCCCACCAAUAGAUUAGGUGCAGGACCUGAUGGAGUAGAAGAAAUUAAACGCCAUAUAUUUUUUGCAACAAUAGACUGGAAUAAGUUGUACAGACGAGAAAUCAAGCCUCCGUUUAAACCAGCAGUGGGCCGACCAGAGGACACCUUUCAUUUUGAUCCAGAGUUUACAUCACGCACACCAACAGACUCGCCCGGCGUGCCAGCCAGUGCAAAUGCCCAUCAGCUCUUCCGUGGCUUCAGCUUUGUGGCCUCUAACCUGGGUCAAGAACCGCCUAUGACAGAGACCAAGCAAAAUUUGGUUAAUCCCAUUGUACAGCAACUUCAUGGCAACAACAUUCAUUUUACUGAUGGCUAUGAGUUAAAGGAAGAUAUCGGCAUAGGAGCGUAUUCGGUCUGUAAGCGUUGUGUCCACAGAAUCACCAGUGUUGAAUAUGCUGUUAAAAUUAUUGACAGAGCCAAGAAGGACCCGUCUGAAGAGAUCGAGAUUCUGCUGAGAUACGGCCAGCACCCAAACAUCAUUACUCUGAAAGAUGUGUAUGAUGAUGGGAAAUAUGUGUAUCUGGUGAUGGAGCUGAUGAGAGGAGGAGAGCUGCUGGACCGGAUCCUGAGACAGAAGUGUUUCUCAGAGCGAGAGGCUUCAGCUGUACUCUGUACCAUAACCAAGACUGUGGAGUAUCUGCAUUCACAGGGGGUUGUGCAUCGAGACCUAAAGCCCAGUAACAUCCUGUAUGUGGAUGAGACAGGAGACCCCGAAUCCAUCAGAAUUUGUGAUUUUGGUUUCGCCAAACAGUUACGAGCAGAAAACGGUCUUCUUAUGACGCCCUGCUACACUGCUAACUUUGUGGCACCAGAGGUCUUAAAGAAACAGGGUUAUGAUGCAGCCUGUGACAUCUGGAGUCUUGGGAUCUUAAUGUACACCAUGCUGGCAGGAUUCACACCCUUCGCUAAUGGACCUGACGACACACCAGAGGAGAUCUUGGCCCGCAUUGGAAGUGGGAAAUUUGCUUUGACAGGAGGCAACUGGGACACAGUGUCGGAUGCAGCCAAAGACAUUGUCACUAAAAUGCUACACGUGGACCCUCACCAGCGGCUGACAGCACCUCUGGUUCUCCGUCAUCCGUGGAUAGUCAAUCGAGAUGAGUUAUCUCAGAGUCAGCUGAUCAGACAAGAUGUGCAACUGGUGAAGGGGGCGAUGGCUGCAACAUACUCUGCUUUGAAUCGAUCUCCACAAGCCCCAAAACUGGAGCCAGUUCUUUCUUCAGGUCUUGCUCAGAGAAGAGGCAUGAAAAGACUCACAUCCACUCAUCUAUAGUGCCCAAUCCAGACACAGCAGGCUCUGUAACUUAAGAGACCUGUCACAAUGUCCAGGCUUUGGACAGGACACCAGGACCAGCAGAGCAUCUGGAGCAAAGUGAAAAAAUCUGACCGACCGUUGUUGGACUGUGUUGUUGUUCGAGUACUGGACUGAUGGCUAAACAAGUGUAUCGGCUGAUGUUAAAAGAUUCAGACAUCCCAGAGAUGUAGCUGUUUCUGAAUCAUAAUAAAGUGGUUAUUAUUUUUAAGGUACAUCACAGUUAUUUGUUCGCAGUCAGCUGGAAUGACAGCCGUUCAUAAAAGUCACAUUUAACUUUUAGCAGGGGUUGUACUGACAAUAUCGGUUAGUUGGUUUAUCAUUUGGGCCUGUGUCGGUUAGAUGUGGAUCAGGUUAUUUUAGUUGCACUUUUUCUGUAUAUUAUUUGAAAUAUUAUUAUUCAGAAUUGGCAGAAUGUGAAAAAGGGGGUACUUUGCAUUCACAAAGCAUGUUAUAAACAAACUCACAUUGGGAUAGACUUAAAAGGCUCCAGAAAAAGCAUACAUUUGUACAAUUUUGAUACAGCCAGAAUGAACUAAAUCUGUCAAGAGACUUUUGAGCUUGACGUGCAGACGUAGUGUCUCUAGUUGAUCUACAGACUGAUACGGAUGUGAUGAUUUAUUUGGACAUGGGUUUCAUUGACACGCUGACAGUGGACUUGUGAAAAAAGCAUUCAUGCCAGCCCUAGAAGUUAGUAGCUCAGAUUAUUUUUAAUUUAUAACGGCAAAGGUGCUGCACUUUUAUGCCAGCAUUAUUAGGAUCUUUCAGACAUGCAUGCCAUGUACAGUACAUUUUUAUUAAACAAAUUGUUUAAGAUGUCUCUGACCGGCUAAUAAAAGCACAACAAACAUCUUGAACAUUAUUUGUUUGUUUGUUGUUGUUGUUUUGUCUUAUAAUGCUAAGACUUGGUUGAAUUGAUUGAUUUAACAAAACAAAAAACAAACUUUCAUUUGUAAGUUUAUAAUUUUUUUUAAUCUUCUGUUUAGGGUUUAUUUAUUUAUUUGUGGACAUGCAUGUUUAUCCGUAUUUCUAUUUAUUUAUAUAUUUGUCUAUCUGUAUAUUAAAUGUGUUUAUUUAAUUA